GUAGUGCGGCGUACGAUGCGUGCAGAAAGACAACACUUACAGCACAGGACGUACAGGAGAUAACCGACAUACACACAAAAUGCUGCGUCCACGAGCUGUAACAAGCCGCUGGAUGUGAAGAAAAUAAAGGACCGGCUGACGAUAACGCCUCCAGAUUGAGUACGCUCUAGCAGGCUGCGUUUCUGCCGCAGAAAUCAUUCCACUAAAGCUCUUGUCGAUGCGCUUUAGCUCUGCAUGAGUCCCUUCGUUUGGUUUACAGGUUCAGGACACAACCGGGCGGUGCUGACUGUGUGUGGUAUAUACAGUUUGUGAGUGCACCUUAUCCGCGUCUCCGCACAGCCCUUGGCACCUCCUUCAGGAUGGCGUUAACGAUCUGCACGAGAUUCACUGACGAAUAUCAGCUGUUCGAGGAGCUGGGGAAGGGCGCCUUCUCUGUGGUCAGGAGGUGCGUAAAGAUCUCAUCUGGUCAGGAGUAUGCUGCCAAAAUCAUCAACACUAAGAAGCUAUCUGCCAGAGAUCAUCAAAAGCUGGAGAGAGAGGCGAGGAUUUGUCGUUUAUUGAAGCACCCCAACAUCGUAAGACUCCAUGACAGCAUAUCAGAAGAGGGUUUCCACUAUCUGGUGUUUGAUCUGGUGACAGGAGGAGAGUUGUUUGAAGAUAUAGUAGCCCGGGAGUACUACAGUGAGGCUGAUGCCAGCCACUGCAUACAGCAGAUCCUGGAGAGUGUCCAUCACUGCCACGUUAAUGGAAUCGUUCACAGGGACCUGAAGCCUGAGAACCUUCUAUUGGCCAGUAAGCUGAAGGGGGCGGCGGUCAAGUUGGCUGACUUUGGGCUGGCUAUCGAGGUACAGGGGGACCAGCAGGCAUGGUUUGGUUUUGCAGGCACCCCAGGCUACUUAUCUCCAGAAGUUCUGAGGAAAGACCCAUAUGGAAAACCAGUGGACAUGUGGGCCUGUGGUGUUAUUUUGUACAUCCUGCUGGUUGGCUACCCUCCCUUCUGGGAUGAGGAUCAACAUCGCCUCUAUCAACAAAUCAAGGCUGGGGCCUAUGAUUUCCCAUCACCGGAGUGGGACACUGUAACACCCGAGGCCAAAGAUCUAAUUAACAAGAUGCUAACCAUCAACCCCAGUAAACGCAUCACUGCUGCAGAGGCCCUAAAACACCCCUGGAUCUGCCAACGGUCCACUGUCGCUUCCAUGAUGCACAGGCAGGAGACUGUGGAAUGCCUGAAGAAAUUCAAUGCCAGGAGGAAACUCAAGGGAGCAAUAUUGACCACUUUGCUAGUCACAAGAAACUUCUCAGCUAAGACUUUGCUCAACAAGAAGCCAGAUGGCGUUAAGGUCAACAACAAAGCCAACACAGUGACCAGUCCUAAAGACACUGGCCCUGCCCCUGCACUGGAACCACAGACAACUGUGAUACACAACCCUGUGGAUGGAAACAAGGAGUCAAUUGAGAGUGCCAACACCACAAUUGAGGAUGAAGAUGUGAAAGCCCUUCGUCUGGGCAGCUUAGUGAGUGGUAUCUUGAGUUCUAAGAGCCGUUCCUCACAGAUGUCUGACUCAAGACAGACUCCCACCUCCUCAAUUCAGACCUGCACCAAUAACAAUAAAGCUCGAAAACAAGAAAUCAUCAAAGUAACUGAGCAGUUAAUUGAAUCUAUCAACAAUGGAGACUUUGAGGCCUACGCGAAAAUUUGUGAUCCUGGUUUGACUUCCUUUGAGCCUGAGGCCCUGGGCAACCUCGUUGAAGGACAUGACUUUCAUCGCUUUUAUUUUGAGAAUGCAUUGUCCAAAGGGAAUAAGCCAGUUCACACCAUCCUAUUGAACCCACAUGUGCACCUUAUUGGGGAAAAUGCAGCAUGUAUUGCCUAUAUUCGGCUGACCCAAUACAUGGAUAGCAGUGGCAUGCCUCGCACCAUGCAGUCUGAGGAGACCCGAGUUUGGCACCGUCGUGAUGGAAAGUGGCAGAACAUUCACUUUCAUCGCUCUGGCUCGCCUAGCAUCCCCCAUUAAUGGAACAUCAACAUGUGGUCACAUAAAAAAAAAGAAAAAGAAAAAAGAACCCCCAUCAGCAAAUCUAGUGGAGCAACUAGCCAGUUCAUGACUGCUCUUUGACCCCUCUAUAAGGAUAUGACAUCCCACAGGAAACAAGUAUUACUACAUUUUACUGUUAUGGCAUUUUAUUAAUGGACAUCAUUCGAAACCACCACUGGGUGGCUGCACACCGUAUUUGGACAUUAUGAAACAAGCAUAUUGAGAAAAAUAUCUUUUUUGUUUGUUUUUUUAAGAUGUUUUGGUAUGCAUUUUAAAUAUAAAAUAGAGAUGUUUAAAGAUCUACAACUGUAACCUCUCCCAAAAAAAUAGUUAUGUAUUUUUAUGUGUAUUUAUGUGUGUGCAAUUCAAAAACAUUUGGAAGAUCAGAAUGUUAAAAAUUGAGCUUGCUUUAGUUCUGGUGAUGUAUAUACAUUGUGAUUGUUGGUUUAAAAACACAAAACACAACAAAAACAAAUACUGAAAUUGCUAUUCUUGCUAUCAGAGGACUUAAGAGUUUACGUAAAAUCCAGUUUAUGAGCUACAUUUAUGUUUGCUAUGAGCUAAGUCAUACUGUUUAAAUUGUCAGAUUUCAAUCUAUAGUACUAAUUUAAAUGUAAAGAAAAGCAGAGCAGCUUACACUUGCGUUGAGAUAUGUUUGCCUUUAUAUAAGUGAAAUAAGAAAUAAGAGAAUGUAGCAUAUAUGUAAUAUAUGAAAAUCCAAGACUAUUGUGUAGUGCAUGGUGGGGGGAGGGGGGUGUUAUCGUGCGUAAGAUCAUAUGAAACUAUUAUAUCUUCUGUUUGAUUUGUCAGUCACUGACUUGUUUGUUUGUAUUUGUUAAUGUUGUGCAUCAGUCCUGUCCAAAUGUUUCUAAUGUCCUCCAGCAUCAUGGAACUGUUGUAAAAACAAUAACAUUGUUAUUGUUACCAUCCAAAUAUCGGAAUCUCAUAUCUAAGAGGAGGAGAAUAAACUCCGGGUUGCCGAAGCACCACUUACAUUUUGUACAAAAAAUAAGACGAAAACAAGCUCAUUUUUCAUAAUGUUUGUACUUGUAUUGUAUAACUGUAUGUAGGGUUUCUUUUGUCAUUUUAUUCUUGUCAUACCAGUGUGUUAUUUUGCCAAUUGCAUAGAGGUGGUGCAGAUGAUGAAGAUGGCACAAAAGCACUAGAAGGUUUGCCUUCUGUCAGGUCAAGUGAUACAAACUGGUGGUUGGACUAAUAGGUCUGGAAGCACUGUAAUGAAAAAGUUGCACAGAGGCAAGAGGAUGGUAUCAGAAAAUUGAAGGAGAGAAAGUGCAAUGGACUGUAAUAAAUGUUGGGAUGUCUUCCUUGGCAAUCAGUGCUUCUGCUAACCAGUGGUCUUACCACUGCAGGACAAUGGCAGUGUCUUUGUCAUCCCUACUGUUUGCUCUUUUCGACUGAUUUGUCUCUUCUUUUUUAAAAGGGAAAAUAUGAUAAACAUUUCUUUCGACAAAACGUAUGAUGUCAAUGCAAUGCACCACUCCUUAUCUGGUGUGUAACUGUUGCCAGCAUGGCAAUGGAUGGCUUAACAUGUUUAAGAAAUAAAUAAAUCAGCUAAAAUGUGUGAUAA